AGCAGCCCAGCCCCAGGGGAGCCGUAGGGGCCGCAGAGGCCCUGCUCGCUGUAACGACUGCGGAGAAGCUACGAACCUCCCCGCGAGUCGGUGAGAGACACGGUGGAGGCCGCGGGGAGGAAGGCAAUCGCCGCUCCCACCUUCCGCCGCCGCCUCGAGGGAAGUCGGAACGACGGGGGUCACGGCGGGGGUCAGAGGGUAAAGGUCUUGCUCCCAGCAGCCUCCGCGGUGGAUACGUCGCCAUCUUGGAUCCGCGGGACAAGAAAAUUCAUGCGAGGGAGAACUGGUGGGCGGUCCUUCCUGUGACACGACCCUUGAGUGACAGUUCUAUUUGAUUGCCUCCAGUACUGUGAGGAAAGGACACGACUCUAUGGUGAGGACUGAUGGACAUACAUUAUCUGAGAAAAGAAACUACCAGCCUCCAGCCCUGAGCUUUCCAAUCCCCAGAGUAGCCAAUGUUGAAAGAAAUUGCACAGGUGACAAACAGCAUGUUUGGUGCUUCAAGAAAGAAGUUUGUAGAGGGGGUCGACAGUGACUACCAUGACGAAAACAUGUACUACAGCCAGUCUUCUAUGUUUCCACAUCGGUCAGAAAAAGAUAUGCUGGCAUCACCAUCUACAUCAGGUCAGCUGUCUCAGUUUGGGGCAAGUUUAUACGGGCAACAAAUUCAGAAUGUUUGGUUGACUGAUGUGCCAUUCCACAACAGACUAGUAACAGAAGGCACCAAAAUGUGUGCACUAGGCCUUCCAAUGAGGGGGAUGAGCAACAAUACCCCUCAGUUAAAUCGCAGCUUAUCACAAGGCACUCAGUUACCGAGCCACGUCACGCCAACAACAGGGGUACCAACAAUGUCACUUCACACGCCUCCAUCUCCAAGCAGGGGUAUUUUGCCUAUGAAUCCUAGGAAUAUGAUGAACCACUCCCAGGUUGGUCAGGGCAUUGGAAUUCCUAGCAGGACAAAUAGCAUGAGCAGUUCAGGGUUAGGUAGCCCCAACAGAAGCUCGCCAAGCAUAAUAUGUAUGCCAAAGCAGCAGCCUUCUCGACAGCCUUUUACUGUGAACAGUAUGUCUGGAUUUGGAAUGAACAGGAAUCAGGCAUUUGGAAUGAAUAACUCCUUAUCAAGUAACAUUUUUAAUGGAACAGAUGGAAGUGAAAAUGUGACAGGAUUGGACCUUUCAGAUUUUCCAGCAUUAGCAGACCGAAAUAGAAGGGAAGGAAGUGGUAACCCAACUCCAUUAAUAAACCCCUUGGCUGGAAGAGCUCCUUAUGUUGGAAUGGUAACAAAACCAGCAAAUGAGCAAUCCCAGGACUUCUCAAUACACAACGAAGAUUUUCCCGCGUUACCUGGUUCCAGUUAUAAAGAUCCAACAUCAAGUAAUGAUGACAGUAAAUCUAAUUUGAAUACAUCUGGCAAGACAACUUCAAGUACAGAUGGACCCAAAUUCCCUGGAGAUAAAAGUUCAACAACACAAAAUAAUAACCAGCAGAAAAAAGGGAUCCAGGUGUUACCUGAUGGUCGGGUUACUAACAUUCCCCAAGGGAUGGUGACAGACCAGUUUGGAAUGAUUGGCCUGUUAACAUUUAUCAGGGCAGCAGAGACAGACCCAGGAAUGGUACAUCUUGCAUUAGGAAGUGACUUAACAACAUUAGGCCUCAAUCUGAACUCUCCUGAAAAUCUCUACCCCAAAUUUGCAUCACCCUGGGCAUCUUCACCUUGUCGACCUCAAGACAUAGACUUCCAUGUUCCAUCUGAGUACUUAACGAACAUUCACAUUAGGGAUAAGCUGGCUGCAAUAAAACUUGGUCGAUACGGAGAAGACCUUCUCUUCUAUCUCUAUUACAUGAAUGGAGGAGACGUAUUACAACUUUUAGCUGCAGUAGAGCUUUUUAACCGUGAUUGGAGAUACCACAAAGAAGAACGAGUAUGGAUUACCAGGGCACCAGGCAUGGAGCCAACAAUGAAAACCAAUACAUAUGAGAGGGGAACAUAUUACUUCUUUGACUGUCUUAACUGGAGGAAAGUAGCUAAGGAGUUCCAUCUGGAAUAUGACAAAUUAGAAGAACGGCCUCACCUGCCAUCCACCUUCAACUACAACCCUGCUCAGCAAGCCUUCUAAAAAAAGACUUCCCUUUUCUUGGGGUAUGGCUGUCUCAGCACAAUACUCAACAUAACUGCAGAACUGAUGUGGCUCAGGCACCCUGGUUUUAAUUCCUUGAGGAUCUGGCAAUUGGCUUACGCAAAGGGUCACCAUUUGAGGUCCUGCCUUACUAAUUAUGUGCUGCCCAACAACUAAAUUUGUAAUUUGUUUUUCUCUAGUUCGAGCAGGGUCUGAAUUUUUUCAUUUAUUUUCUUUUUUGCCAGCAGACAGACUUGGGUCUGUAAAGACAAGCAAGUACACUGAAAGAAGUUUACCAUUUAGUUUCUAAAAUGUAAAAAAGAAAACCCACAAAAGACUCAACAGAAUUAGACCACAAAAUUUGCAUUGUUCAUUGUAGCACUAUUGGUAAUAAAAUAACAAAUGUUUGUGCAUUUUUAUGUGAAGAUCCUUCUCGUAUUUCAUUUGGAAAGAUGAGCAAGGUCUGCUUCCUUCAUUUUACUUCCCCUUCUGUUUUUGAAAGGCAGUUUCGCCAAGCUUAACGCAAGAAUAUAUGACUGUUUAGAAGAAAGAUAUUGCCACAAUCUCUGGAUGGUUUCCAGGGUUGUGUUAUUACUGAGCUUCAUCUUUCCAGAAUGAGCAAAACACUGUCCAGUCUUUGUUACGAUUUUGUAAUAAAUGUGUACAUUUUUUUUAAAUUUUUGGACAUCACAUGAAUAAAGGUAUGUAUGUACGAAUGUGUAUAUAUUAUAUAUAUGACAUCUAUUUUGGAAAAUGUUUGCCCUGCUGUACCUCAUUUUUAGGAGGUGUGCAUGGAUGCAAUAUAUGAAAAUGGGACAUUCUGGAACUGCUGGUCAGGGGACUUUGUCGCCCUGUGCACUAAAGGGCCAGAUUUUCAGCAGCCAAGGACAUCCAUACCCAAGUGAAUGUGAUGGGACUUAAAGAAGUGAACUGAGACAAUUCACUCUGGCUGUUUGAACAGCAGCGUUUCAUAGGAAGAGAAAAAAAGAUCAAUCUUGUAUUUUCUGACCACAUAAAGGCUUCUUCUCUUUGUAAUAAAGUAGAAAAGCUCUCCUCACUGCAGUGUUGACUUUGAUUUGAAAUUGUGAAAUUAUUUCUUCAACAGGAAAAACAGGAAAAACAACCUAAAGUUUUACAACUGAACGGUGUGACUAAACAAUUUAAAACAUAGUCUUUUUUUUCCAGCUUUUGACAGCUUAUUUAAUGGAACCAUAUACCGUUUCACUUGUAGGUUAAAAAUGUAGACAUUCUUAGUAUUAACCAAGUUCAGAACAGAGAAAACUAUUUUUUAAAUGAAUAAUGGCAGCACUAGAAAUAAAACUUCCUGAACACUCUUGAGACCCAAUCAAAAUACUCUGCUUUUGUGAGAAGUGUAUAAGAUAUUUCUUGUUAGACCUUUGAGAUAUAUCUUAAAGAAGUAAUGUGCAAAUUAAGGUAAGCCAAAGAGGAGGAGUGGGGUAGACUUCCCCUUCAAUUUGAUCGCCUGGUUAUUUCACAUGCAAGUUGAUGGAUUCUUUUCCAUCUACAGAUACUAUAUUUAAAAAUGUUUGAAGGCUGAAGCUAUGAAAGCAGAACUAGAGAUAGAAGUUAAAAAAAAAGUGUUGAUUCUUUAAAUUUUCAUUUUUAACGUAUUUUUCUAUGAAGAAUGGAAGUUUGUUGACAUGUACCAAAUCAUGUUUGAAAAUGAAACAUUUAUGACCUUGCUGUAUUUGCAUAUCAGGAAUAUAAAAUGACUUAAGAUUUACCUUUUUCUAUAUAUUUUGAGAUAUGAGAAACUGACAUAAAAAUAUCAGGAUUUUUUAAUCUUUAGAUUUAAACAAAGCAUCUCUUCUGUAGGAAAAUGGAACUUAUGUAUUCUAGUUUAACUUUUGUGCAAAAAAACUUCACAGAACACAUAUGUAAUUUGACAUCUGUUAAAUCCAGAAAUCGAUUUCUUAAAAAGAGGUUACAUUUUUUCAUAAUAAUUUACUUUGUAAAAUGUAACUUUUCCUACAUAAUCAUAAGAAACAGCUGGAAAGAAAAAAGAAAAUGGAAGGGGAUCUUUAUUCUUAUGAGUAUAAACAUAACAGUAUAAAGUGUCACCACCAUCAUGACUGGUAGGUACUGUGUGAAUGACUCAAAAACAAAACAGCUCAAGUGGUUUGUUGUCUGGCCUCUAGCUGUUUGCUUUAACUGCCAUAUGAAAAGUUUUAAGUGCACAUUUUUCCAGUUUUCUGAAUUCUAUUUACCCUGAAUCAUCAAAAUGAGAAAACUCUUACAUGUAAACCAACUUUUUAUAACUUGUUAAUAAAAUUGUCAGAAAUUA